CAAAGCUUGACUUUUUUUUACCUCUGUGGCAAAAUGUCUGAUUCAAAACAAACAUCAGUUACUCCAUCAAGCACACUGGCAUAUUUACCUUGGAGUGUUCAAAUACUGAUGAUUGCAGCUGCUGCAGCAUUGUAUAGAAAGCGAGGCGGUUUCUAUUAUCGCUCUGCCGCUGCCAUUACAUGGCUGCUAAUCAUUGCAGCAUAUGGAAUGGCUGCAUCGCUAAUCUUGCCAUUGUUUGGUCAACGCAAACUCAUCAAUUGGACUGUUGCUCGAUUGUACUAUUAUUGCGCUGGUUAUUUCACUGCCGUCUCUGCUGUUGUUGAAAACGAAGCCAACCUUGAAACAGGCGGUCCUGCCGUUUACAUUUGCAACCACCAAUCCAGCAUAGACGUGUUAUUAAUGGCAAGAGUGUUCCCCAAAUCAACAUCUGUUGUAGCCAAGAAGUCCAUCAAAUAUUAUCCCAUACUUGGAUGGUACAUUUUUCUAGUGACUUUGAGCAAGGCUAUUUUCUUGGAUAGAUCCAACCGAGAUAGUGCCGUUGCUUCGGCUAAGAAGGCAGCAGAGGAUAUUCACAAGAAGGAUACUAGUGUAUGGAUCUUCCCUGAGGGUACCCGUGGACAUCCUCGGGAAAUCAAUAUGCUGCCAUUCAAGAAGGGAGCCUUUCAUAUGGCUGUUCAAGCUGGUGUACCCAUCGUGCCCAUCGUGAUUGCCAAUUACAAUCACUUGUACGACUCCAAGGCCAAGAGAUUCAAUUCCGGUGUUGUGCCAAUCAGAGUUCUUGAUCCAAUUUCUACUGAAGGCUUGAAGGACAGUCAUGGUGCUGUGGAUAAACUCACCACGGAUGUUCGCGAGUUGAUGUUGAACGCUCUUAAAGAGAUCUCUCCACCUGCUCUUUCUAAGAAGUCAGAAUAACAAGCGCCAUUGAGCGCUUUUUGUAUCUACUUCCUUUUAUCAUCGUCUUCAUAGACUGUAGAAAUUUGUAACAAGAGUUCUUACUAUACGAUUCUACACCACCCAAUUUUAAUAGCACGACGUUUUGUUUUCCUUAUGCAUACGGCUCACUUAGACAAAUUUUUG